AUGGAUGCUGCAGACCUGAUUGCGAAGCUAUCAGAGUCUCACGGAAUUGCUCUUGAUCUGAAAUUCGACACGGCACGUCAAUACUAUAUUAGCAUAUCAGCCACAGAAAUAGACACCAUUCCUGAAGUAUUCAUCAACGUAUACCGCAAGAAAAACCGCUUGGAAUGCCAAACCCUUGACCUGGUCAAAUUGAACCAGAAAAUUAUUCAUGCACAUAACGAGGUUAUCAGCAUGAGUGAUCAGACCGUUCAGGAACUGAUCCAAGAUAUCCGUGCCGAGAUUGCCCACCUCUUCAAAAUUAGUGAGGCUAUUGCUAUGCUCGAUAUGCUGUCCUCGUUUGCGCAGCUGGCCACAUGCCACGACUAUGUCCGGGCGGAGCUAACAGAUAAAUUUAUUCCUAAAGAUGCCUACGCAACACAGCAGUCGCAUUUCCAGAUCAUCACAGGCUGUAACAUGAGCGGUAAGUCCACCUACAUCCGCUCUCUAGCACUAAUGACCAUCAUGGCACAAAUCGGCUCCUUCAUACCAGCAGAAUACGCCUCAUUUCCCAUUGUGCACCAGCUCUUCGCACGCGUGUCAACUUCUGACGACCUAGAAGCAAACAAGCAUGGUGUCAUCGUCGACGAACUAGGCCGCGGCACCAGCACAACAGACGGCCUAGCCAUCGCUAUCGCCAUCGCAGAAGCUCUCAUCAAAAGCCACUCCCCCCUCUGGUUUGUCACUCAUUUCCCCGAUCUAGCCGUGAUCCUGGCCGAACGCAGCGGUGUCGUCAGCCUCCAUCUCGCGGCAGAGGUCUCCCCCGAUACCUCGAAGAUGACCAUGCAAUACAAAAUAGCCGAAGGCCCCGAGCAAAAUCGCCUCUAA